UUUGAAUUUUCCCUCAAUUUCUCUAAGACAGUUGAAUUCUUCUUUCAAUUUUGCCAAUCAAUUAAAUGUAAUAAAUAUUUGACAAACUCGUAUAAUCAAGUGCCCCUUUUAAAAAAAAAAUCGUUGCAUGAACAAUUUAGUUUAAUCUGGAUAAUUCCACAAAUAAGCAUUCUCUUGAUUUUGUUGAUUUAUUACCUGAGACUUUAGAGGAGGGGUAUCAAGUACAUGCAUGUAAACAAAUACUUUUCUAUCAAGGUUUUGCCAAGUUAAAUCAUGAUCUUUUAAUAUAUAAAGUAAAUAAAGCAAAUGUUUAUCUUUAUAAAUGUUGUAGACACCAGAAGGUAUCGGAGGUUUCACAUUUGGCGUCGCAUUACUAAAUGGUAUACAGGGUGAUUUUCAACCAAUGCGCAUAAACUUGGGAAAUGGUAGAUGAAGAUCAAUAAUGAGUAAUAAUGAGAAAAAAAUGUAGUAAAAUAUUUUUGGUUUCCGAAAUAAAGUUAAACAAAUGUCAACAGAACGUGUAUCAGACGAACUUAUUUUGUUUAUUAAUAACUGAUAGAAAAGUCAUAGUUUGGAAUUUCUUGUUUGGAAUCUUCAGCAGUACUUAGUUUGUUGGUCGUUAUUUUCACACGCACAAAAUAAAAGCGUCAAAUGUAAUGGCGCACAUUUUUACAUACGAAGAACUUGUCGACAUGGUUUUGGUUUACGGAGAAACGCAUCAGAAUGCAAUAGCAGCAGCUGAUCUGUAUGCCUAAAGAGUUCCCCGAAGAUAUCACUUGAGACGUGGGGCUUUCUUACGUGUUAUUCAGCGGGGUAGAGAAACACAGCGGCCGCGGCCUGGACAAGAUGGAGGAGCUAUGAGACCUAGGCACAUUCUAAAUCUGGAGGAGGAUAUUUUAGAAGUUAUCGAAGAAUAACCUGGAAUUAGCACUAGGACAAUUGCAGCGCGAUUUGAAAUAUAGCAAUCUAAAAGUUGGUAAAUUUUAAGGCACGAGUUGCUGUACCCGUUUUAUGUUGUUACAUCACCAGCAGUUAAGCCCAAACUUUACCAUGAACAUUCUAGUUACGGAUGAGGCAUAUUUUUUCGCGCAAUGGAAUUUUCAACUUUCAUAACACUCAUUACUGGACUUUGGAAACGUUUUUCUGUAAUUCUGUAUGUAUGGGCUGGAAUUCUGAACGGGAUGCUCAUCGGACCUUUUAUUCUGGAAAAUCGUUUGACUGGUGCUCGGUAUUUAGAAUUUUUGCGCAACAAUUUACCAGUGCUCCUUGAAAAUGUGAAUCUCAACGUUAGGCAGAACAUGUGGUUUCUUCAUGAUGGUGCUCCACCACAUUUUUCACCACCAGUGUGACAACAUUUAGAUCGUAUGUUUCCCGGACGCGUAUUCACCGACCAUCUAGUGUUAAUACCGUAAUGAGGAUUCAUCGAGGCUGAUUGGUCAAAUUUAAUUUGAGAUGACGUAUAUGACGUAUGUCGAUACUUAAAACUCUUAAACUCGAACUCGUGUUUCGUGUUCGUGGUUCGUCUUUCGUUUGUUCGGCGUUAUAGGGUGUUGUUGUUGUUGUUGUUAAAAUCUCAAAAUGUAUGAUUUAACAAAUGUAAUUACGAAACUAAAUGAGACGUUUUGUGUUGUGCUAGAGAAAUCCGAAAAAGAAUGUGCUACUUUGCAGACCAACGUUAAUUCUGAAGAAGAGGUUAAAACAUUUUUGUCGGUAUUUAGCGACAUAGCCAAAACAAACGAUUAGAUCGUAUCAUAAUGUACCUUCUCCACAUAGAUAGGUGCAUUAUAUUAUUUCUUGUCUAUGGAAUGGUGUUUCACAAAGCUUGGUUAUGUCAUCACAGUUGUAAACAUAAGUCCAUCCACCAGAAAACAGAGAGAAAUACUGGAUAUAGCGCUGCAUUGGAUAUUAAAAUCAAAUUAAAUACUGUUAAUACUCGCCGCAGUGAUAAAUAUUUGGCUAGAUCUCCACCAGUAUGUGUAGUUGUGAGAUUAAAAAAUAAGCACAACCACAAUAUUCAUACAAGUAGUGCUUUAAGAUUACUUAGGGUAUCAAAAGAGACCAUUUCUAUAUUUGAAAGUUACUUUGUUAGUGGCCUGUCGGCAUCUGAGGCUAUUUCAAUGCACGAAAGUAAAUUGCUUCUAGAAGAAAAAGAUUAUACAGUAUUAGCCGACUCAUCUGUUAACCCAACGCAUCGACAGGUUCAAACACUUCACGAUAAUUGGAGAAAUAACAAUUUUGGGUCAUAUAUGGAUCCUUUUGAGAAAUUAAAAGAAAAAUUGCCAGAGUAUAACAAAGAAGAAGUUAUUGUUUCGUUUAAAGAAGAGCCUCCAUGAUGUGUUCUCAGCCACUGGAAUUAUGCAAAGAGCGCAAAUGUUACAUACAUCUCAAGAAAUUAUAUUUUGUGAUUCGUUUGCAAGCUGUGAUACAAGGCAAUCUACAAUAACUAUUAUGAUGGCACCUACCAAAGCAGGAGCAGUACCCAUCGCCAUCUUGAUUCAUGAAAGUCAAAUGGAAACAUCCUACACUAGUGCAUUUUCUUUCAUGAAAUCCACAUAUCCUACAUGCUUCGGAGGCAUAAUACUGUAAUUUUAACUUAAUAUUAUUUUUUUAGUCACCUAUGUUGUUUAUGACUGAUGAUGGAACAGCUGAAAAAAAUUCACUGAAAACUGUCUGGCCUUCUUUACAACAGUUGUUAUGCCAUUUCCAUGUAGGUCAAGCUGAAUGGCGAUGGUUACAUUCAAACACCAAAAUACCAAAGGAUAAAAAGCAAGAAUUAAUGCUAAUGUUCAAGAAGGUCAUGUACACAACUGAACACGAAGAGUUAACUGAAACUGUCAACAACAUUCAAUCAUUGCAUGGAAACUACCCUGAAUUUGUCAGUCAUUUUGACAAAUUUUACGUUCGAUGGACACUGUUUGCAAGAAAAGGAAAAUUGACUCAAAAUAAUUGUUUGUACAAAGUGCCAAGUGCGAAAGAUUUAAAUUGUAGUCAUAUAGUAGAUCCUAAAUUAGGUUUAAGCGAGGACAUCCCUAAUAACAGCGACGGCUCUUCCAUCUCAUCCAGUAACCGCAAUCGAAUAAAUAUAAACCAAAGUCAAAUUUUGGAGUGUGGAGAAAAAAUGGCAAAACCGAGUGAAGUUUCAUCUGAAUAUUAUGAACAAAUUUGUAGUGAGGUUGUAAAAUUCAUACCAUUUCUACAGAACUUGCCAUUGCAUUUGAAAAAGAAGUUAAACCUUUGUAUAGCAAAAAUACACACCCAAGAACAGUUUAACAGUUUUGUUGCUACUGCGCUAGCUCAGGUGUCUCGGAAUUUCAAAGGUGGUGCAGCUAUUCGCGUUCAACUAACUUCUAUUGCACGAAGAAGAAAUGGAGUCACCAAGGGCUCAAAAAGAAUAGCUGCUGGACGCCUUCCAACAAAAUUUAAGUCUAACAGAGUUAAAAAAAGGCCAAGAAAUUUACAUAAAAACAUUAUGGCAAAUUUACCCAGUGCCAAAUCUCAUGGUAGAUAACUAAUCAAUAAAUUGGUAGCUGCUAACCUUUUUGUGUAUUGAUAUUAUCUAAUUUUUCUAAUAUGAAAAUAAGAUUGUUAACUAAACCCAAUGUUACGUUCUGUGUUGUUAUGUAUCUUUGGAAUGUGCCAGAGUUAUCCACUUUAUUUUCAAUGCAUGAAAUAAAAAAGUUCGAUAAUAUAACAACUUUAUUUUAUUUAUUAUUUUUAUACAGUUUUUUACAAGUUUAACAAAAUAAAUCAUUUAUUUACUGACAGAAGGAUCUUUCACUCGC